UGCAGUUGUAAUUGUCGUUCGUGUUGAUCGAUCUGAGGUUUGCUUCUGCGACUCGGUAUUGCCAUGACACAGGUUACAAGUUCAUGUUCUACUUACUACUUGUACUUCGCCAACGACCUAUUAAUCUCUCGAGUGCGCGCUAUUAAUCUCUCGAGUGCGCGACGAUUACUCAGCUUCUUACCCAAGUUGAAGGGUCGUCCCUUUCAAAACCUUGGGUUCCAUACCAACAGUUUGCACUUCGCGCUUUUCGCUGUCGUACAAUCGAAGCCAUCCGUCGCGAUCUUGUACCAGAAAGUGCAAUUCCAUCAAUUCCGUCCCGGGGCCGGCAUUCCUUCGAGCUGACGCUCCUGGUUGAACUUGACCUUUGGAUGGGCUCGUUUGGAGCUUCGGCUUUGUGUUCCCCCUUACCAACAUGGGCCCUGUCGACUGAAGUUCCAAUAUGCCGUUGCUCGCCAUGGUCGUGGCAACCUUUGUGGCCACGAGUUUUCGAACCACACCUGGAUCUUCGGGCAGUCCAAAGCAUGUCAAAUGACUAGUGAAGAACCAUUGCAUGGUGCUCAAAUCUCGCGCUGGAAUCGACAGAGUCGGAUGGAGCCCUUCGCCGUGCACCAAGAGGUCCUUGUUGAUGACAAUGGACGUGGAAUUGAACAUGUACUGCCGGCCGAGCGAAUUGGUGGCCACCACGCGCCACCACCUCCAGUAUACCACGUGGUCGACAGUAAGUAUCAACAUCAAGUUGCCCAAGAGAAGACACACGAGCGAUGGAAGGCCCCGCAUGUACCAGCUGGACUCGAACUCGACAUAAAUCGCCUCGAGGUCUUCGCCCGUCGACAAGACGUUAGCCCGCACCGAGUUGCCAUACUCAAUGUACUCUGUGCGGAGCAGCACGGCGCCCACCGUCGUGUAGAUCCACGGGACGGAGCUAAAGUUGAGGCAGCCCAUGACGACGUUGGCGCCGUUCGUCCGAUGCUUGCUCACGAUAUGGCUGAUGCACUUGACGAGUUUGAGCAGCCCCAAGUUGAACCACAGCCAUCGGAUCGCUAACGCACACAGUCGCAACUCCAUCCACCAAUCAAACGGCGCGUUCGAGUACCAGUUGGUCGCGACCCGCGCGUACACCAUGGCCACGUCUUCGUCAAACAACGUAGCCACGGAAUACGCGAGGACCACGACGUCGCUGUUGACGCAAAAGUAAACAAAGUCCAUGGCGUGACUGGUCUGUCGAUGGAUCGGAGGGGCGAACUUGUGGAGAAGCCGGGCGUGCCACGACGUCAACGACAGCGCGUCUGUCCACCGCACGGUCUUUUUGGUCGUGGCAAACGUCCCAAAUGCCAACAGGAUGCUCGUCAGGCGGACCCACAGCGACAGGAUCGGGCCGAGCCGCCGCGUCGUGAUUAUACCCGCCUUGUGCCGAAGGCCAACAGUCGCCCUGCUCGACGAAACGACGAGAUAUUUCGUUGUGUCGUUGUAUGAACGCACGAUCUCACAUGUGUCCAAGCCCAGUUCGGUGUUGGGUCGACAGCCCGAACAAAACGCUUUGCUGUACACUCGGUACAUGGUCACAUUGAGGGGGGUAUUCUGACCAGAACUGUCGACGACGGGAAUGGCCGUGGUAAAUCGCAUGUCGAGGCCAACUCGUGCUGGGGUAUACCCCAUGGCAUCCAAAGUUGACGAGGGGGCUCCGGGGGGCGCGCGGGGGGCGGUGGUUGUGCUGCCAAACACAUGACUCAACGCCGUGCCUCGCACGAACGUCACUUCGUCUUGGAUGGUGCCGAGGCGCACGGUGACGUUGACCGCUGCGUCCACAGGAUACGACCCCUUGAGGCGACCGCAGAUGUCGUUGGCGUCGUUCAAAAUGACAAACGAGCUCAUGGUCAAGAGAUAGUACUUGCCCGGGUUAUGAACCUGAUCGAGGACCAUGUCUAGCAUGAAUUUCCCCACGUUUGAAAUGGCUGCGGGUGACGACAGCGCGGGAAACGCGUACAUGGAGCCAACGCUGUCCCGUGUCGUGGUGUCCAACAAGGGCGUUGUAAAGUGCUUGGCGUUGCCGACAAAGUCGUUGAGCUCCCAGUUAUUGCCGACAAUGUCCACGGCCAUCAACGCUACACACACGACACUCAAGCACGUUCCAAACCACGCGACGGCAUUCGACACAACAUGGGUGAGAGUAGGUCUUGACAUGGGUUGUUGCAUGGAAGGACUUUCACUUGGGGACAGCAGUGACAUCGACUUUAGACGCUGCAUGGGAGCUGUCAUGCGCAGCCGGCGCAGAGUGUUGGCAAUUUGGUGUCGUUU